UGGGCGGCGGCGCGGGAACGGCGACGGCCCGGGAAGGUCCCGCCGGCCCGGAACCGCCGGCUGCGCAGGCGCGAAGGCUGCUUCCGGCCCGGCGGCCACAGCGGGAGCUCAUGCGCCAGAUGGGCAAGAAGAAGUUGUGGAAACGUCGGGCGCGGCCGGGCGGCGCGGCUCCGGAACGCAUCCCCGGGACGCACGCCGGGAGGCCCCCGCAGGACCCCGGGGACUUUUCCCGGAACUGGAAGGCGCUGCGCGAGCUGCUGAAACAAAAGUCACAGGCCCGGGAAAAGCCUGUCAGUGCCUCUCCAGUGGAGUCCAAAAUGCUGCCCCAAGUUACCCAGCCAAACAGAACCCCUGUGUCUGCUGCGGCCAAGCCAGAGGAGCCUGCAAGGGAAGGCCCUAGGCACGAGGCCCGCAGGGGCGCCACUCCCGGGAGACCACCAGGCAGGAGAAAGGGGCCGGCUGUCCCAGAGGUGAAAGGAAGCAAGAGAAAGGCCCACGGAGACCCGGCUCUGAGAACAGUGGACGGCGGGCCCAGGAAGCGAAGGGCCCCUGCGGCCCCACAGCCACCCACUGAGGAUGACCUCUGGUUUGACGAUGUGGACCCGGCGGACAUCGAGGCGGCCCUGGGCCCGGAGGCAGCCCGCAUAGCUCGGAGCCGCCUGGGCCUGCGUGAGCCCUGCGUGACUCUGGAGAAGGACCAGGCUUUCUCGGGCCUGACCAGAGCCUUGGCCCUGGACUGCGAGAUGGUGGGCGUGGGCCCCGGCGGGGAGGAGAGUGUGGCCGCGCGCGUGUCCGUGGUGAAUCAGUUCGGGAAGUGCGUGUAUGACAAGUAUGUGAAGCCCACCCAGCCUGUGACGGACUACAGGACGGCAGUCAGCGGCAUCCGGCCCCAGCACCUCGGGCAUGGAGAGGACCUGGAGGUGGUCCAGCGAGAGGUGGCCAACAUGCUGAAGGGCCGCGUGCUCGUCGGCCACGCAUUGCACAAUGACCUCAAGGUGCUGUUUCUUGAUCACCCCAAGAGGAGGAUCCGGGACACGCAGAAGUACAAACCUUUCAAAACGCAAGUGAAGAGUGGAAGGCCGUCCCUGAAGCUACUUGCAGAGAAGAUCCUGGGGGUCCAGGUGCAGCAGGCCGAGCACUGUUCAGUCCAAGAUGCCCAGGUGGCCAUGAGGCUCUACGUCACGGUCAAGAAGGAGUGGGAGGCCAGUGCCCAGCGGCGGUGCCCAGCCACCUCUACAUGCCCCGGUGCCGAUGCGUCCUGACCUGGCAGCCAUGGGCACCCCGGCCCCGGAAAUCGAUGGCAGCAGGGCCACAGGCCUGCCCGCUGCUGGACUUAGCCUGC